AUGGCUUUCAAUCCCUUGGAUGUUAUUCUCAAAGAAAACAAACUUGUUGGACCUAAUUAUAUUGAUUGGAAAAGGAACUUGAAUAUUGUACUAACUGCAAAGGAGUACAAGUAUGUGCUCAUAGAGGUAUCUCCACAGAAACCCAAUGAAAAGGCAACUGAUGAGGAAACCCAGGCUUAUUGGAAGUGCAUUAAGGCCGAUGAGAUGGCGUGGUCUUACAUUUUGAACUUCAAAGAAAUGUUUGGGGAUCAAAAUCAUGUAGCUAAGCAGAUUGCUAUGAAGGAACUUAUGAAUAAUACUAUGGUAGAAGUCUAUGCCUUCUACCUGGUAAGGAAUCAUGUUCUAAAGAUGAUUGGUCUUCUCAAUGAGCAUGAGAUCCUUGGAGCUGAAAUCGAUUGGGAAACCCAGGUCGAUAUCAUUCUCCAGUCGCUACCUGACUCUUUCAAGCAGUUUUUCCUGAACUACAACAUGAGUAAGCUCUCUCACUCUUUGGCAGAACUAAUUGAAGAGCUUUAA